AUGUCGAUUCACCACAUGUCCUUCCCGGUCCCAUACAGCAAAGUCGACAACGAGGUCGCCUUCCUCGCCGCCGCCUUUGGGCACAUGGGCUUGAAGGAGUUCUUGCGCCCCGUGCCAGGCGUUGUGGGCAUGGGCGAGUUGUCGCCCUGGUUGUGGAUCACCGGUGUCGAGAACCGUCAGCCGAUUUCAGACGAUACCAAGAUCUUGAAGAACCACGUGGCUCUGGAGGCCAAAGAUCGCGCACAGGUCGAUGCCUUCCACGCCGCGGCGCUCAAGGCUGGCGGGACGGACAACGGCGCACCAGGCGUCCGGGCUGAAUAUGGCCCAAGUUACUAUGCGGCGUUCGUCCUCAGUCCUAGCGGCCACAACUUUGAAUGUGUUAUAUUUCCUCGUCCUGGCGCGAGUGCCACGAAUUGA